AAUUGUCUUCUCUAGUCCAUUUUUCUGUGUCCCCAGAAAAAGAGCAGUAAUUUCAUAAUCUAUUCACUAUAACACAGAAACUUACGAUGGAUUCAACACCUCUAUGCCAACCCCACUUUGUAUUCAUCCCCUUAAUGUCCCCAGGUCAUCUUCUUCCUAUGGUAGACAUGGCCAAGUUGUUUGCACGACGCAAUUUGAAAGUUACCAUAGUCACCACACCCCUCAAUUCCAACCAAUUCCAAGCCAGCAUAGAAAGAGAGAUCCAAUCAGGGUCACCCAUCCAAAUUCAACUUGUUCAAUUUCCAAACACAGAGGCUGGAAUACCAGAAGGGUGUGAGAGCGUAGACACUCUGCCUUCAAUGGAUCUAUUGGAGAACUUUUACAUCGCUUUGUGCUUGUUGAAGCAGCCACUAGAAGAGCUAUUCCAAAAGCUAAUACCCACUCCAAGCUGCAUAAUAUGUGACAACCAUAUCACAUGUACAGUUGAUAUUGCCAACACGUUACAAAUUCCAAGAAUAAUGUUUGAUGGGACUAAUUGUUUCCAUCUCCUAUGCAAUCACAAUUUACUUAAGGUCUAUGAUGCUAUUAUCUCUGAUGAUGAAGAGGAAUUUCUUGUCCCAGGAAUGCCCCAUAGAAUUGAAUUUCGAAAAUCUCAGCUCCCCGGUAGAUUCAAUCCUGGCACACAAAAAAAUUUGAAUUCUUUUCGUGAGGCAGUGAGAGUAGCUGCAGAAAAAUCAUAUGGUUUGGUGGUUAAUAGUUUCGAAGAGUUGGAAGAAGAAUAUGUUAAAGAGUAUAGAAGGGUCACGGGCAAAAAGGUAUGGUGUGUUGGUCCUGUGUCACUGUCCAACAAGGACGAAUUGGACAAAGCUGAGAGAGGUAAAAAGAGAAACUCAAACGAUGAAAGCAAGUAUAUGAAGUGGCUUGAUUCAUGGCCUUCAAGCUCUGUGAUUUACGUGUGCCUUGGUAGCCUAAACCGUGCAACACCUGAGCAGUUGAUAGAGGUGGGUCUAGGAUUGGAAGCGACAAAAAGGCCAUUCAUUUGGGUGCUAAGAGGUGCAUAUAAAAGAGAGGAAAUGGAGAAGUGGCUAUUGGAAGAUGGGUUUGAGGAGAGGGUUAAAGGGAGAGGACUUUUGAUACAUGGUUGGGCCCCACAAGUUUUGAUAUUAUCACACAAAGCAAUAGGAGCAUUCUUGACACAUUGUGGAUGGAAUUCCACACUUGAAGGGGUUUGUGCUGGAGUGCCCUUGGUUACAUUUCCUCUCUUUGCGGAGCAGUUUUAUAAUGAGAAGGUUGUUGUACAAUUGUUGGAAAUUGGGGUGAGUGUGGGAUCUGAAACUGUUGUGCGCUUAGGAGAGGAAGAGAAGUCUUGUGUUCAGGUCAAGAGGGAAAAUGUUAAAGACUCUAUUGAGAACGUAAUGGGUGAAGGAAAUGAAAAUGAGAAGAUAAGGGAAAGAGCAAGAAAGUACGCAGAUAUGGCAAGGAAAGCGAUAGAAGAGGGUGGAUCUUCUUAUCACAACAUGUCACUACUAAUUGAAGACAUAAUAAAUGUCAAUAGGUUAAACCAGAGGGCAAAACCAUAAAAGUGAGACCAAUGAAUAGUGAUGUUUUGUGCU